AUCAAAAAGCCUCGCCACCAGCAACCCCAAAGACCAAACCAGAAAGCUAAGGAAGAAAAAGAAAAAGCUAAGAGAAAGCAAAACAACAGUGCACAGAGAGAGAGAGAGAGAGAGACAAAGAAAGGACAUUCAUGAUGGGCUGUGCUGCGUCAAAACCUAAUACUCUCCACACCAACACCAACACCAACACCAACACCAAUCGCCUUGAAGCAACUCAUUCUCUUCACAGCCCUGCAUUCACUUCAUCAUCAUCUUCUUCUCAUCACUAUUCUUCUCCACCAGUAACCAGAGCUUUCUCUCUUCAAACCCCACUUGUUCAUCAUCCUCCUUCAAAGAAAGGCGAUUCCCACCAUCUUGUUUCUCUUACUUCCACCACUUAUGGCUCUCUUCUCCUCCUUGAACCCAUAAGCUCCAAAUUCAACGGUGAAAACCCACCUAAUCAGCUCCAUUCGCCGCCUGAAUUCACCAAGAAUAGUCAUAAAACACAGCCCCCUGCAGACCCCGGUGAGUCUUUUUCGCCCGACUCUGUUAUCAAUACUUGGGAGCUCAUGGAUGGUCUUGAUGAUGAUUUGGGUUUCGAAAUGGGUGAUUCUUUGAAGCCAAAAUCAUCAUUUUCUGAUCAUGCUAUUCAGGUUACUUCAAAAUCAAAUUCGUUCCAGCAUUUGGGUUUUGAUUCGUCUGCUAAAAAGAUGAAUGAUUCUUUUGAUUCUGUGAAAUCUGAAGAAAUAGCUGUUGAUAACUCAUUUUCAUUGUCAAAGCCACUGUGGAAGCAUUUAUCAGAGGAAUCAUUUCUGUCAAAAAUGGAUCCUAAUGUGGUCUCAAGUUACAGGCGUGCAUUGUCAUCUCGGCAAUUAGGCUACACUAAAGAAUCCAAUGGUGCAAGAUCAGUGGGUUCUAGUCCCAUGAAUUCUUCAUCAACCCACAAAAAUGGGUUCCUUUCUGAAAACACAGAAGAUAAAAUUGUUCUGUAUUUUACAAGUUUGAGAGGAAUUAGAAAGACUUAUGAGGACUGCUGUGCAGUUAGGAUGAUCUUCAAGGGAUUUAGAGUUCCAGUGGAUGAAAAGGACAUUUCAAUGGAUUCUUCAUACAGAAAGGAGCUGCAGAGUGAGCUUAAAGGGAAAGCAAUGAACUUGCCACAAGUGUUUAUCAAGGGGAAGCAUAUUGGUGGGGUGGAGGAGAUCAGGCAACUGAAUGAAACAGGUGAAUUAGCAAAGGUUUUAGAAGGAUUUCCUGUAAGAGAUCCAAGGUUUGUCUGUGAGAGUUGUGGGGAUGCAAGAUUUUUGCCAUGUCCAAAUUGUCAUGGCAGUAGGAAGUUGUUUGAUGAGGCGGAGGAACGGCUGAGGAGAUGCCUUGAUUGCAACGAAAAUGGGUUGAUUCGCUGCCCUGGUUGCUGCUAAUGAAUUGGAUGAUAUGCAUAAUUAUUGCAAAAUUUUUGUGCUAGCUGCUUCUUAAAUCUUGAAGGAAUUCUAAAGAACUACUGCUUCUUAUUUCACUGUUCUGUGAUUCUUGAUGCUUAAUGAGAUUUGUUUAUUUUGAUC